AUGUCGAACGGUGAACUUUUAUCAAUGAAUGACAGAGACUUACGCGAAGCCUUCAUCCUGUUUGAUGUAAAUCGAGACGGUCGGAUUACUGCAUCUGAACUUCAGUCAGUUCUCAAUUUCCUCGGUAUCCCCACCUCACCCUCCGAAGUCGUUCAAAUGAUCAGAGACGCCGAUUGCGAUGGUAAUGGAACUGUAGAAUUUGAUGAAUUCUUACGCAUGAUGCGGCGGUACGCGCAGUCCCAACGACCAAAAUCUCCUGACGAAGAAUUGCGGGAGGCGUUUAAUGUUUUUGAUCACAAUCAGGAUUCGGUCAUCGACUUUGGUGAAAUAAAACGAACGAUGCACUUCCUCGGCGAAGCAGUCACGGAUGACGAGGUACGAGAGAUGAUCAGGGAGGCAGAUCGGGACCGAGAUGGUUUAGUCGAUUUUGAAGAAUUCAAACACAUGAUGAAGCUGUUGCGAUCACGGGAUUCACACUCUUAG